AUUGCUGCCACCUAUCGACUAAAAUCCCAAGUAAACUAUGCCACAUGUCGCCGAUCAGCACGCCACAGUCAGUCAGCUUCCAGUGUGAGUACUGUCAACACGUCGACCAAGAUGAUGGUCGACACAGGAGGCCUGAGCCUCUUUAUAUUAGGGACCCUGACUUGUAUUGUGGAGGCAAUACAAGAGUUAUCUACUGAGGACUGUUUUGCUGUGGGUUUAAAUAGAGCAAAUCUACUGUGUUCUUCCUGUGACACCCUCAAGGAAUUCAAUCUUGAUGUUUUAGAAUCAGAUUGUAGAAAAUGUUGCAAUGUGGAUGAUGUUAAUGCCACUCCAACCAAGUAUCCACGAGCCCAGCUAGAGGUGUGUGGGUGACGACUGGGAGCCUUCCCACAGGUCCAGGCAUUCGUGAAGAGUGACCGACCUGUGGCUUUCCCUAAUCUUACUAUAAAGUAUGUAAGAGGAGCGGAUCCAGUCAUUAAGUUAAUGGAUGAGGAUGGUGAUGUAAUGGAAACAUUAGCAAUCGACAAGUGGAACACAGACUCUGUAGAGGAGUUCCUUAACACGUACCUAAUUCUCCCUGGGCAGGGGGAUGAUGACACUGAUAAAUCUGCUAAUGAGGUUUAAAUAUAAAUUACAUUCUAUUCAUUAGGGGUCAAAUUGAAAUGUAAAUUGUAUUUUGUAUUCAUCAGACACUAAUUAAAAAGUUCUCUAAUGAGGUUUUGUUUAUUCAGGUUAAAUAGUUUUAAAAUUUUGUUGCACUACUUCAUUCAUUACAAAGAUAUUUUUUUUUUUUUUUUAAUAAAAAAAUAUUUAAUGUAUUACUUAUUAUGCCCAAGUUGGUACUGAUACUUGGGCGUUUAAAAUGGGAAAAAUAAGGUUUUGCAAAUUCUCAAAUGUAAAAAUUAAUAUGUAUUGUACUUUUGAUCCAUCUUUAAUACAGAAUUCCCUAAUGGGCUUUAUUAGUGGUUGGCAAGGUUAAAGAAAUUUAUUAAAUAACUGUUUUACCUUCCAGUAUUUGAACUUCCAGUAUGCAAAGAAUUUUCAAAUUGUGUCGUUCAAUUGUAACUAUGAACACUUAGACAUGGUGCCUCGGAGGUCAAGUAGAACAGUAUGAAGCAGGAACCACAAACCCUUGUUGGGUCGGCUCCAGUGGAAGUUUGUUUUAUCUUACUCCCGUGAGCAAAAUGUUUAGGUUUUCACUUAUUUUAUUAAACAUAUUUUGCAAAA